UACUGAUCAAAAUGGCGGUAGCUCAAAUUUGUUGACGUGUAAAGAUUCUCAAUUUCACUCGAUAAAGCUGGCUCUAAUUAAUUUAUCUGUCAUUAUACACACACGAAACGAAGGUCACAUCAUUUGAACACAAUCAACAUGAAUGCUGUUUAUCAAGCCCUGGAUUGAAUGAGUGGUUUGCCCUAGAUAUGUUCUAUACCAUAAAAUUCAAGAUACCAUACCUCGACUGUUGGAAAGGCAGACUUCUGUCUGUCGCAAUGGCGUCUGCUCUGGUGCUUGUUGUGCUGUUUUGGAGCCUCUCCCAUGGGUUUCUCCCCAGGGCAUUGUCCGAAAGGAUGCCGGAAAUUCUGAUUGAAUCCUUAGGGGUGCCCCCGGUGGGCGUGGCGAAUGCAACAAAGUUGUAUGGAAUCAUGUUUGAUGCUGGAAGCACAGGCAGCAGGAUUCAUGUCUAUAAAUUCUUCAGAAACAAAGAGGGGUCUCUUGACCUUGAAGGAGAGGUAUUUGAACAACUCAAGCCUGGAUUAUCCUCAUAUGCUGAUGAUCCAGUAAAGGGUGCUGAGAGUCUGAAGCCUUUGCUGGAAAUUGCCAAGAAAACCAUUCCUGAAAUGAAAUGGAAGAGUACUCCUGUCGCUUUAAAGGCAACUGCCGGUCUACGGUUGUUACCGAAGGAGAAGUCGGAAGCUUUACUUACAGAGGUCACUAGAUACAUAAAGUCCUAUCCAUUCUCUCUCAUCGAUGACGGUGUGGCCAUCAUGGAUGGCACUGAUGAGGGCCUGUUCAGUUGGGUCACGUUAAACUUUCUUCUGGGGCGAAUAAAUAAUAUUGACAGUACACAUGGAAUGAUGGACCUGGGAGGGGGGUCAACACAAAUCACUUUCUACCCCACUGUCUCAGAGACACGUGGUAGCAUGCAAGAAGACUUCAAAGUUAACUUUCAACACAAGAAAGAACAAGUAACACUAUAUACUCAUAGUUAUCUUGGCCUUGGCCUGAUGUCGGCCAGAAAAGGCAUUUUUGGAGGUAGUAAGGAUGAUAAGUCACUAUCUAGUCUGUGUCUUCCUUCUAACCACCAAGGAAAAUGGAAGUUCGGGGGAGAAAAUUAUGACGUCCGCGCAAAGUGGAUUGCCGAUAAGGACCGCUUUGAUAGCUGCUACAACCUAGCCAAGGCUGCGGUAGGAACUUCAGUGCGGGUAGAGAAGGAGGUCGAUCAAGUCCCAUUUUACAUAUUCUCAUAUUACUACGACAGAGCGGUUGAUGCAAAAUUGAUAGACGAACUAACAGGUGGUUCACUCAGGGUAAAACAGUUUAAGGAGGCCGCUCAUAACGAGUGUGACAAGCCCUCAAAAGAGGAACCAUUCCUGUGUAUGGACCUUUGUUAUAUAUCAGCUUUACUUCAAAAUGGGUUUGGCUUCGCUGAUGAUACUGUUAUACGUAUGAAGAAGAAGAUCAAGGGCGUUGAAACUGCAUGGUGUUUGGGAGCAAUGUUUAACGUCAUGAACCAGCUGGAAGGGAACAGUUAAUGUUGGAGGAACUUGAAGCUAUUACAUGGAGUUUAUUCUUUGUCCGCAAUUUUUUUUGCCCUUCUGCAUUUCUGGUAGAAACACUGGCAAGAAGGUGUUAUUCGCUGCACACCUUGCUACAUUCCCUAAUACCUAGCCUCCUUGGUUUAAUGAUAGGCAGAAUAAUGGGUCACAUGUGUAUUGGUCUUUCUUGGUUGUGUUUAUGUCUUAUUUAUACCUCCAUGGUUUAUGACUGCGCAUAAUGUAGAUAUAGAACGCAGGAGAUUUUGUGUAUAUAUUUGUAAUACAUUGUAGUUGUAAAAGUUGAGGAACGUCGAGUGAUUGGUUUAAAGUGAUACUAUGAUGUGAUUUACAACUUUGCGGAAAUACGUCCGUUUUUAAUUGUUGAUCACAAAUGUAAAGCUCAAAUUUUCCAUUUUUGAUUAGAUUUAUUAUAAAAUCGCUGAAUGUAAACCACCGCGACCGCGAAAAUGUUCAUGUUGUGACGUCACCAACGAAAACGUCGUCGGCGUAGCGCAAUUUCAACGGCAUCGAAGCGAGCCGUCCGGGCGGGAUUAAACCAAUUUCUAGAAAAUGUGCAUUUCGUUUUGAAAACCUUACCGAUUUAUGAGAAAGUGACAUAGUCAUUUGUCAAAAACAGCUAAAAGAUUAUAUGGUGAAAUUUGACCCGAGUUACCCCAUAAGUCUACUGGGCAAUUGCCCAAACUACUGAUUGGCUCAUCAGAGACCGUGCUUAUCCAGGUUUCUGUAGAAUUAUGGUUCAUCGCAGUUUAACUUCCCAGUCUAGUCUGUUACCAAUUUAUAUAACAAGGUGGAGAGAAGCAAGUAGAGUUAGAUGUCGAGUUAAUCAAGUAAAAACGUAAUUCCCACUAAUGUAGGGCCUAUCUGUCAUUGUGAUAUCAUGAAUAUAUGUAUAUACGAGGGAUAUGUAUAUAUAUUUUGAAGUAUUGGGUGAAAAAUGAGAUUUUUGUGUACACGUGAUAUUAGAUACAAACCACUUAAACUAUUGAAAUAUUAAACUAUGUAUAAUGCGAUUGAAAUUUUCUAUAGCUGAUGAGAGCAACUAUGUGAGUCACAACCUGCGACACAUCGUAAUUUGUUAUUUGGUGCCUUGGAGGACGAAGUUGGUAAUUCUGUUCUUCAUAAUCAAGAGUAUUUUGUAGAGAAAAAGGGGGUAAACAGGCAAGUUGAGUGAUUGACAUAGCGCGUCAUUAGUUAUUUAUCGCAAUGUCUUGGUUUACUUUUCGCUUACGUAUAUCAAGAGUAAAUAAUAAUAAUAAUAAUAAUAAUGUUGGGAUUUAUAUAGCGCAGUAUCCAGGCUGUUCGCCCGCUCAAAGCGCUUUACAUGCUCAUUCUUGCUUCUAACAAUCGUAAUGAGAGAAUAAAACUACAGUAGAACUUCUCUAUUAAGGACACCCUUGGGACUGACAAGUGCUGUCCUUAAUAGAGAGGUCAAAUUGAAUGGAAACAACCAAUUUGGGACCAAGACUAGUGUCCUUAAUAGAGAGGUGUCCGCUAAGAGAGGUUCUACUGUACUUGGUUUGAAGUGUUGUAUAGUCAUCUAAAAGUAUUCAAAAUAUGUGUCAUUGUAAGAGCAGAGUUGUGUUUCUGCAUGGGAUAGUCUAUGAUUAUUCUGUAGUUCUUUUGUUGUUACUUUUUCUGUGUCUCUGUUUCUGUCUAUUAUUUUCUGAGUGUUUUUCAUGUAAUAAAACAGUCCUCUGACUAAAUCAC